AUGGAGCCGCUUACAAUCCCUAACCCGGAAAAAUUCUCAAAGACAUUGGGGCUGACCUACAAGGGGUCGAACAUCAACGGGAAGAUUUGGAUUUUUGUGGAGGAAGUGGCUAAUUUCGAAGUUGAGGAUGGCUCGAAACAGUUGCUCCAUGGGCGGUUCACUUGCCCUCGAUUACCAACUCCUAUUGAGAUAUCGAUUGUGUAUGCCAAGUGCACGAGAGGGGAACGACUUGCAUUGUGGGAUAAGAUGAGAAGAGACAUCACUCAAAUGUCGGACGGGAGGCCUUGGACGAAAGGCCUUGGUUCAUUGGAGGGAACUUCAACACCAUCCUCUCCACUCGCGACAGGAUGGGAAGCGAUACCAAUCGACAGGUGGAGAUGGUUGACUUCGUCGAGGCCAUCGAGGAUUGUCGAUUGCUGGACCCGGGCUUUGAUGGCUCGGAUUAUACCUGGGCUAAAAAUGGCCUCAUGGCUUAGAAUGGAUAGGGUGCUGGUCAGCGAAAUGUCAACCCAACUUUUAGACGCAAUAAGAGUUACUAAUCUCCCCCGGGUAGCCUCAGAUCAUGGGCCAAUACUCGUCCGAUGCAGAAUGCUGAACAACGAUGGGAGUGGUAGAGCGUUCCGGUUCCAAAACAUGUGUGUGCGGCACGAGGGAUUUGCUGAUUUGGUGCGACGAGAUUGGAUGGCUACCACGGAGGCUGCAGGCCUACUCAACUUGAAGAUCAAGUUAGCAAGUAUUAAACAGACAUUCAAACGGUGGAACAAAGAGGUCUUCGGGAAUAUCCACGCCAACCUCAAAGCUUGUGAAGAGAAUAUUUUCGUGGCUCAAUCUGAGUUCGAGGAAGACCCCUCGGCCCGGAACAGAAUGGAGAUCAACAAACAAAUGGCUGAGUACAACCUCCUUCUCAAGAUGGAAGAAGACUUCUGGCUCUCCGUUGGCUGGAAGAGGAUAAAUGCUAAUGGGAGGGAACUCACAGAUGACCUUGAAAUCAAAGACUCGACGGUCAAGUUCUUCCAAAACCUCCUUGCGCCAACCUGCCCGGAGUUGGCUGCCCCGGACCUAGACCUCUUGCAACAACUACCCUUCUCGGAGCAAUUGGAUGACCUCCCCAAGCCGCCGGACGCGGAUGAAGUAAAAAGGGCGGUCUUUGACAUCUCAAGCAAUAGUGCCCCUGGGCCGGAUGGGUUCUCGGCCUUGUUCUACCAAGCUUGUUGGGGAAUCGCAGGGCAGAUGUAG